AUUAAGUAAAUUUUUUGAAGUUGCGAAUCAGCUUCACUGUGUCACUUUUGCUCCAUUCGGAUCUCUUCCUGUCAACCGCCCAAGACCGGUAUUUUCUGAAGAGUUAACGAAACGUUUUUUGUUUACAAGUUGGUGAAAUUCGAGUGUGCCGAAUUUAUGCAAACGAAAACAAUUUCUUGCGCUCGAAGACAAUACAUAAACGUUCAUGAAUAUAUCUUUUGCAAGUUGCAACAUGAAUCAUACGUCGUACAAUAAAGAUUUCGAAAAGGCCAAAAAGGAUUUGGACCAACGACUGGCAAGCAAGCAUAUCAACACUUUGAAUUGUCUACAACAGAAAAGCUUUGAAAACGAUAAAUUAAGACACCGUGUCUCCGAAUUGGACGGAUAUAAAAUGAAAGCCGAUUAUUACGCUGCAUUGGAACAGCAAGUUCAGUCACUUCAGGAUGAGCUAUCAAAAUGCGAAAGGCUCCAUGCGUUCGGAAGAGAUACGGAAGAGAAAAUAAACGAUGUUAAAGAGGAAUAUAGAGCGAUGUUUUACGAGUAUCAACAAGUUAUGGAGAAAAAAUACAGUCAAGAGGUUAAGAAGUUUGUCGAAGAACGAGAGCAACUGAAGGAACUUUGGGAGCGGGAGCGAGUUAAAAUGAAAGAGACUGAAGAGGAACUUCAAACAAGCAAUGAAACUCUUCAAAAGAAACUCGAGGCUUCUGUUCUAAUGGAGAAAGACAUGAAUAACUUGGUUGACGAGUUAGACAGGACGGUGGCGUCGUUUGAUGAAAUAAAAGCAAGAAAUGAAGAGCUAAAAGAAUCCGAAGACAGUUUGAAAGAACUUUGUAAGAAUUUUGAAGAAGAAAAUAUCAAUCUUCAAGAAGAACUAGACGAAAGUUCAUACAGGAAAAAAAAGCUUAAGAAAGAUAUGAACAAAAUGAUUAUGAAGAUCACAAAAUACGUGAAACAGAUAAAGGAACUUGAGAAAGUCAAAAACUCCGCAUCAAAACUCGAGUUUGAGAACGGUUGGCUAAAGCAUCUUCAUGCAAAAGUCACAGCGGAACAAAAGAGUUUAAAAAUGAAACAUAAGGACGCUUUAAACGAACUACAAGUCAUAACACAGGAAAGAAACUUUUUAAAAAACGAGCUCUCUUCCGCUCAACAUGAAAUCUCAAAUCUUAAAGAGGAAUUGGAAGGUUCAAAGUGUUCUUUCGCGGAUUUUUUGGAAUUGAAAAGGCAGGUUGGACGUUUGGAAGAAGAAAACAAGAGCUUGGUGAAGAAGUCGAAAACGUACAAGAUGAAAAUGCUGAAAUCUGCAGAAGAGGACCCUGCAACUAACCAGAAACAGUUGGUACCGAUUAAGUUGAAAUAGCCAUCCGCGGUCGUUUUCUAUGGUGUUAGUAACUUGCCCGUGGGUAAGAAGAGUGCUUCCAUUACAACUUCUCAAGCUUCUCUCCUUUUCCCACUCAAGUAGUGCUGUAUGCACAGAUAACAAUUGCUAUAGUCCUAGAGGACCUCCAGAGUACACUAAUAAACAUGUCAGGAUAUGAAAAAAUUACCACCAAAAU